AUGAACUCAUCCUAUUUACGAGUAAUAUUACUCUUAGGUGCCAUUAAUGUCUUCGCUUCUAUAUCAAUAGCCAAUGCUGCAACAAUCGGUCACAUCUUCCAAAUCAGUAAGAAUUUGUGUCCGGGAUGCAGCCACGACUCCUUACAGUUCUUGUUCCGACACAACUUGGUACGUUUCGCAAGAUUUGAACCUCCGUUGAUAUGGGACCGCAGACUCCAGAACUACGCUCAGAACUGGGCUAACCAAAGAAGAGGAGAUUGUGCUUUGAGACACUCUUUCCAAAGCGGAGGGUUUAGUCUCGGCGAGAACAUCUACUGGGGAUACGGCGCCAACUGGUCUCCGGCCGACGCCGUGGUUGCAUGGGCCAGCGAGAAGAGGUUUUAUCAUUACGGCUCCAACACGUGCGACAUUGGGCAAAUGUGUGGCCAUUACACGCAGAUCAUCUGGAAGAACACGAGGAGGGUCGGGUGCGCACGUGUGGUGUGCAACAAUGGUGGAAUCUUCAUGACUUGUAACUACGAUCCUCCCGGUAACUACAUCGGCCAGAAACCCUAUUGA